AGUAUAUAACUGUAUAAAUCUUUGUUUAUAUUUACAGAACACGACGAUAAUAAUGGGCAAUUCGAACUCCACCCAAAGACGCGACCCAUCAGUACAGGGAAAUCAGGACCCUCUUGGAUCGCACCUGAGAUAUACAUGUAACAUAAUUGAUGAUCAUUCCAUCAAUUACGUACUUCGUAUAAACGCCCACCGUCUUACCCCGUCAGAAAAAGCCAUGGGGCGAGAGGCUCAAAGUCUGGCUACCCAGGAACUCAACCGAACCAUGGAGAACUGUGAGCUGGCGAUGUAUCUUGACCAUACUACCAUAACACUGACAGCCGGCAACUGUGACAAUAAAAUAAUAAUGUUACAGAGAUAUGAGGGUAACAUUGAAUGGAAAUUCACGAAAAGAUCAUUCACACAGACGUUGUACAGCGGUGUUCGUUGGAUAGGCAGUCACUUACUUGGUUUCUUUCUGGAACUCCUGGGGAUUGCUGCAGGCGCCGUCGUGAGAGCCAUAAAGCCCUGAACCCUUAUUGGAAUCGUCUUUCAACAAUGUGUAAACCAUUAUCUCUUAAGGUCAUACUUGUACGCCUCCUUACAUGCCAUGCAUGUUUUACAUUCGUGUAAAAACUGUUUGUAAUUUUGUCCCAUAAUAAAAUGGACGGGAUUUAUAUACUUAUCAAUGUCUGUCCAUCCAUCAGUUUACUUUUCAUUUUAUUGCAACAAAUCAUUAUAUAUUUUUUAUGCAAUAGUACCUCGAACGAUUUCGCGUUUCGAGGUCACGAAUCUAAGGUCACUGUUACUUUAAAUAGACAAUAUUUGUUACCGGUCCGCUCCACUGACUCCAGAUAAUAUUUUGAUGUGAAUGGAAUUAUUCUAGCAUUCAGUUUAGAUCGUCGUCGAUCUAGUGUUAAGGUCGCUGUUACAAUAUAUAAAAUAUUUUUUUCAGCACUAUACUGAUUUUAAUGUUCUUUUCGUCUGAAUUACAACAUUUUAUACUUGCUUCUUGUUUAUUCGGCGUUAUAUACAUUUUUUUUCAAGUAUCAAACUCACAAACUUACACCGAACCUGUAAUUCGGAAUGUAGAACUACAGUGAUAGUGAAAUCGGGACCAGUUCAACGGAAGACAUGAACCCAGAUAUGUUGAAAAUGGAACCUGAGUUUCUGGUCUGUUAAACCAAUCAACCCGUUGGAAACUGAUCCCUUUUGACAACGGAUCAGAAUGUUAUGAUGCAUUAUUAUUCGCUGGGCACCAGAUGAGAUGCAUAUUUUGUUAUCACGCUAUCCAUCAAUCUAUCCGCCUGUAAUCCGGUCAUUUACUAUUUUAUACGUCCAUCGAAAGACGGGACGCGCAAGUUAUCCGACUGUAAUUUACUCACUGAGUUAUACCCCUUUAAUUAAUUUCUGAAACAUUUUCCGCUCGAUAUCUCGAGCAAUUUUCGAUCAAUACAUUUCAAACUUCAUAGGAUGGCUAAUUACCACGAGUUCUAGGACAAGUUUUAUAAUCCCCAUCAUGUGACUGUAACUUACUGAGUUUAAUCAAUUAAUAAAACAAUGUCUGCUCGCUAUCUCAAGACCCUUUGUUCAAUUAAUGAAAAAGUGUCCGCUUGCUAUCUCAAGUAAUUUUAAUUAACUUCAAACCUCAUGGGAAGUUUAAUUUCCAUGAUAGCUGGGUUGAAUAAUUUGAUAAUUUAGAAUGAAUUGAAUUUUAUCGUAUUGAACAAUGCUUAGCUAUUGGCAGGAGUUUCUUGGUUAUCUCCCCCUUGGCGAACUCUUCUUUUUUGUUUGUCUGCUAGCCAUCAUGACCGCUUUAGCUCAGCCAGUGUGGGCUCUGCUAUUUUAUAACCCCCACCAUGUGACCGUAAUUUACUGAGUAAUGCCCCUUUAAUCAAUUAAUGAAACAAUGUCUGCUUGCUAUAUCUCAAGCCCCUUUAAUUAAUCAAAUAGUGUCUACUCGCUAUCUCAAGCACCUUUAAUCAAUAAAUCAAAUAGUGUCCGAUUGCUAUUUCAAAUAAUUUCAAUUAACUUCAAACUUCAUGGAAAGGUUAGUCACCAUUAUCCAGCUGUACUUUAUGAAUUAUCUGACCAUGAUUUAUAGAGUUAUUCCCCCUUGGUUUAUCAAUGCAAUCCUACAUGCAUUCCGAUGUGUUUUAUUGCACUCGAUCACUUCUCCUUUGACAUAAAAGAAACUCACAAAUAUUUCAUAAUUUUCAAUGAUGCAAACUACUGAUUCAACAUGUGAAGGGCGUAAUAUGUACCACUUCGCGGUGACCCUGUUAAACUUGAAAAUAAAUAAAUAACUCUAAAAUUA